UCCCGCACUGCGUGUUUCUGUUACUGUUCUUUACUUUGUGUCCCCGCCUUGAGCAAUAUGUAAGAAUUGGUGGACGAUAGGAAAUGGAGAGAACCAUCUGGGAUUCGGCGUCGAGAGGAUCGGGCUGCUGGAGUGAACCCGCUGAACAUCAUCAUGUCUCUGAAGGCAGAAUUUGAGCAAAUCGCUGAAGAUGUGAAGAAGGUGAAGACGAGGCCCGAGGACCAGGAGCUGCUCGACUUGUACGGACUCUACAAGCAGGUCAUCGUAGGGGACGUGAACACAGAGAAACCGGGAGUGUUGGACUUGAAAGGGAAGGCAAAAUGGGAAGCGUGGAAUUCCAGGGCAGGGAUGUCCAAGGAUGAUGCCAUGACUGCUUACAUUGCUUUAGCAAAGGAAGUCAUCAACAAAUAUGGGAUGUGAUCUUAAACAAAAAUACAGUCAUGGUCAUCCCACGUAGAAAUCAGAGUCCACCUCCCUUUCUUAGAUGCUCCUUUAAUUACUUUUUUCCGAUGAUUUUAACGUUUUCUUUGGAUUAUCUUUUAAAGUCAAUUUAAGAGCCGUGAACAGAUACAGUUUAAAAAUGUGGUUUUUUUUCUCCUUUCUUAAUUGUCCU